UGCCCGCAGCUUUGCGCGGAUAAACAGCAGCUGUGCGCGGCGGAGCAACAAAAAGGAAACCAAGGGCAAAACGAUUCCCAACGCGCUGUUUCAAAGGAAAUAAUCCUGCGUCCGCACAUCCAGCACUUCAUCUAAGAGGCUUUAAUGAUUUUAACCCCCGAGCCGGAGCACCGCCACCGCCGGCGCGAAGCUGCGUAAACGCCCGGGUUGUGUUUUUUUUUGUUUUCCGCACUGACGCAGACGGAUCCGUCCCGCUCCGCAGCGGCCUCCAUUUUAGCUCCUCGCCCGGUCGGUACCUCACGUGUCCUGGACUGUCUUUCUCACAUGACCCGUGUGUUUGUCCCCGUGAUCAGCGCUUCCAUCUCCGUAAAUCAGUGUCGUUGGAUAUCGGCGUUUUACACCCGCAAAAACCUUCAUGGAUAUGCUGGAGCAGAGUCUGGACAGCGCGGCGAGUCACGACAAACAGGAAUCAGAAGAGGUGGUGCAGUUACAGGAAGGAGAAGCGGUGGGGACGGAGGAGCAGACUGCAGUGACCAUCACCGGUGUCCCGCAGGCUGCGUUCGCUGACCACAAUGUGCAGUACCAGUUUCGUACAGAGAAUAGCGGAGGACAGGUGACGUAUCGCGUGGUUCAGGUGACAGACGAUCAGUUAGAAGCAACAGCUGAUGGGACUGGAGCCGUAAGCGUCGUCUCCGCUGCAGCAUUUGCUGGAGCCCCUCAGGCUGUGGCACAGGCUGUUAUCCAGAACCCCUUCAGCAACGGGGGCAGUCCUGGCGGGGAGACUGUGAGUGGAGAGACACGUUUCGCUUAUUUCCCCGCCGCCACCGUCAGCGAUGGAACAGCCACGGCCGUGUCGGUGCAGGCCACCGCCGACCCAACGAUCACGCAGGCAGGAGGUCAGUUUUACGUGAUGAUGAGCCCCCCCGAGGUGCUGCAGACAACGACCCCUCGCACCAUCGCACCACGCACACACACCUACACUGCAGACCUUGGUGAAAGCGAGAUGUUGCAGCAUGGCAGUACAAACUGGAAGGUGGAGGGUCCACGGGCGCCCAGAGAUGAGAGGCGAAGAGCACAGCACAAUGAAGUGGAGAGAAGACGAAGAGACAAAAUUAACAACUGGAUUGUCACUCUGUCAAAAAUCAUCCCUGACUGCAGCGUAGACAGCAGAACUGGAGCGAGUAAAGGAAGCAUCCUGUACAAAGCCUGUGACUACAUCCGAGAGCUGCGUCAGAAUAACCAGCAACUGCAAGAGAGUUACAAAGAGGUGGAGCGAGUCAAGAUGGACAACGAGCUGCUUAGACAACAGAUCGAGGAACUAAAGAAUGACAAUGCACUGCUUCGAGCACAGCUACAGCAGCACGGCGUAGAAGUCAAUGGAGAUGCAACACCACAGUGAUUAUGGACUGGACACAUGUAACGACACAAACACAACGUUGCAUCCUCCCACCCACCUGAACAAUACAAGGAAAGGAAUAACAAUGAAAGACAAUUUCCAUCCGAAACUGGACCACAAAAACACGCACAGGGCUCGAGAAGAACACUGAAGGACUGCAAACUGAAAAUGCCUCUUCCACCUCCAGCAGUUUAAAGACUGAACGCUCUGAAAUCCGUUAACUGUGUAGCUAACUGAACCUUUCACCUCUGCUUCAAGGAAAACAGCCUCUGCACAGUUCCACCAUGCUUGCACCAACUUUUCUUUUCACUUUAAACUAUGAGCCUGCCACAGAAAUUUUACUCAUAUUGAUUUCACCUUUUUAUCGUACCACAAACUCCUACUCCUUCCCUUUUUGUUGACAUUUGCUGUGUGUGUGAAACUACUAAAUGUGACAUGAAUGAUCGCUCCCAUUUACUUUUAAUUUAUCAGUCUUUGAGGAAUGUGUGCACAGAAAGGAAAACUGGUUUCCGCAUUUACUCCUUCCCCAAGAACGAACAAAUAGCAGAUAAAUCAUAUAUGUUGAUCAUAUUCAUCACUGUCACUAAGGAUAGUUUUACUGUCACUGGAUCAUGUGUGUAUAUAUAUUUGAUCUGUGUGCAGAUUUCUGCCUCUUAAUACUGACACUCCAAGAACCAGGCAGAGUCCUCAAACAUAGCCCAAUGUCAGUAAAUUCAAAAACUAUAAUACUGUUCUGACAGUCAAAGUGUAAGCAGCAUUGCAGGCAUGGAGGUUUUUAUUUUUAGUCCAAGGCCUUAAUAGAAGCCUGUUGGAGAAUCUAGGUGUUAACAUAGCUCAGGUAAUUGGGAUGGUGCACUGGCAAGUGGUUCCCAGACUCAAUGAAGUCUUUACAUAUAUAUAGAGUUUAGGUCUCUUUUGUGUCCCCAUUCGGUGCAAUGUACAGAUAAAUGAGAAUAUGGA